GCGCUGUUAUUGGUCUCCAGAGGUAUUCGGAGGUAUCCCAGAAUGCCUGCUCAGCCACUCUGCUCAUCAGUUCAAACUCUACUGCCCUGGCCUCAGGUGACCCGCCCUUUAAAUGCCCUGGGAAUUUUAAAAAUCCCCUUCCUGUUUGCUCAGCCAGGUGUGGAGUGCAAUCAGUGAAUCUUUCCAGGUGACCAUGCCUCCACGCCCCAAACGAGCCCCAGCAUGAAGCAAUGGCGAGUUGCUGGACCUCAUCAGUGUUGGGGGGAGGAAGCUGUGCAGUCACAACUGCACUCCAGCCGUAGGAAUUACGAUACCUAUGGGCAGAUAUCAAGGGCCAUACUGGAAAGGGGCCAUGACCGGGACGCAGUGCAGUGCAGGAUUAAAGAGCUGUGGAGUGCCUACUGCAAAGCCCGCGAGGGAAACCGCCGCUCAGGUGCUGCCCCCACGACCUGCCGUUUUUACAAGGAGCUGGAUGCGAUACUUGAGGGUGACCCCACUGCCAAUCCAAGGACCACGAUGGACAGUUCAGAGCAGGGAGAGGAGAGGGAGGUGGGGGGAAGGGAGGAAACCGAGAGUGAGGGUACUGGGGAGGAGGGAGACACCCUGGAGUCCCAGGAAGCAUGCAGCCAGGAGCUCUUCUCAAGCCAGGAGGAAGCUAGCCAGUCACAGCAGCUGGAACUUGUUGGACAAGCAGAGGAGCGGGUUCCCAUCUCCUUGACUACUCGACUGCCCAUAUCAUCGACUGUUCAGAGGCUACAAAACCUCAGGAAGAAGCCAAGAAAAAGCAAAGAAGACAUGCUGAAAGCAGUUAUGGAUCACUCUGCCAGAGAGAGUAAAAAACUGCAGGACUGGAGGGAAAGGGAAAGCAGGAUCCGCCAGAGAAACACAGAGGCUAAGAAGAAAAGCACAAAGCAGCUGAUAAGCAUCCUGGCGCGCCAAGCGGACUCUAUCCAGUCACUCGUAGCCAUGCAGGCAUAGCACUACCGUGGCGGCCCCCCCCUUCCCAAAGCUCUUUCCUUUGUGCCUCA